AUGGGAAAAGAAAAGGUUCAUAUCAACAUCGUCGUCAUUGGACACGUCGACUCCGGAAAGUCCACUACCACCGGACACUUGAUCUACAAGUGCGGAGGAAUCGACAAGAGAACCAUCGAGAAAUUCGAGAAGGAGGCUCAGGAGAUGGGUAAGGGAUCUUUCAAGUACGCUUGGGUCCUCGACAAGCUGAAGGCCGAGCGUGAACGUGGUAUCACCAUCGAUAUCGCUCUCUGGAAGUUCGAGACUGCUAAGUACUACAUCACCAUCAUUGAUGCCCCAGGACAUCGUGAUUUCAUCAAGAACAUGAUCACCGGAACCUCCCAAGCUGAUUGCGCCGUCUUGGUCGUCGCUUGCGGAACCGGAGAGUUCGAAGCCGGAAUCUCCAAGAACGGACAAACCCGUGAGCACGCUCUCCUUGCCCAAACUCUUGGAGUUAAGCAGCUCAUCGUUGCCUGCAACAAGAUGGACUCCACCGAGCCACCAUUCUCUGAGUCCCGUUUCACCGAGAUCACCAACGAGGUCUCCGGAUUCAUCAAGAAGAUCGGAUACAAUCCAAAGGCUGUCGCUUUCGUCCCAAUCUCUGGAUUCAACGGAGACAACAUGCUCGAGGCCUCACCAAACAUGCCAUGGUUCAAGGGAUGGGCUGUUGAGCGCAAGGAAGGAAACGCUUCCGGAAAGACCCUCCUUGAGGCUCUUGAUGCCAUCAUCCCACCACAACGCCCAACUGACCGACCACUCCGUCUUCCACUCCAAGAUGUGUACAAGAUCGGAGGAAUCGGAACUGUUCCAGUCGGACGUGUUGAGACCGGAAUUAUCAAGCCAGGAAUGGUUGUCACCUUUGCUCCACAAAACGUGACCACUGAAGUCAAGUCCGUUGAGAUGCAUCACGAGUCUCUCCCAGAGGCCGUGCCAGGAGACAACGUCGGAUUCAACGUCAAGAACGUCUCCGUCAAGGACAUUCGUCGUGGAUCCGUCUGCUCUGACUCCAAGCAAGAUCCAGCCAAGGAGGCCCGCACCUUCCACGCCCAGGUCAUCAUCAUGAACCAUCCAGGACAAAUCGCCGCUGGAUACACUCCAGUCCUCGAUUGCCACACCGCUCACAUCGCUUGCAAGUUCAACGAGCUUAAGGAGAAGGUCGAUCGCCGUACCGGUAAGAAAGUCGAAGACUUCCCCAAAUUCCUCAAGUCCGGAGAUGCCGGAAUCGUCGAGCUCAUCCCAACCAAGCCACUUUGCGUUGAGUCCUUCACCGACUACGCUCCACUCGGACGUUUCGCCGUUCGUGACAUGAGACAAACUGUCGCUGUCGGAGUUAUCAAGUCUGUCGAGAAGUCUGAUGGAUCCACUGGAAAGGUCACCAAGUCUGCCCAGAAGGCUGCCCCAAAGAAGAAGUAA